AUGCGAGCCUGGUCACGGCGCGAUCACUGUCGAAACACUAAAACCAGGAACACAAACGCGUGGAAAUACGUGCGUGGAGAAACACCCAUGUCCGCAUUUAGAGCGAGCCUCCUGCUUCUGCUGAGUGAUUCCUGUUGGAGGGAGAGAGAGAGAGCGAGAGAGAGAGAGAGACAGAGAGAGAGAGUUCCCACGGAAGCGACAGAUGCCAUCCACUCAAGACCAAAGCAUGACUGCACUGUCUGUCUGCACGUCCACGGUCCUGCGUGGUGGGCAGGGUGGACAGCUGACAGUGAAGACCUGGCUGUGGGUCAUCACAGUCAGGAUGAGUCGAUUUCAGAAAGAGUCGAACGGCGUGGAGAGGAAAACAUGGAGAAAGGUGUGGGCUCGCUUCAGGAGCAGGCGUUGAAGAGGAAAGAGAGGCUAAAGGCGUUAAGAGACAAAAAAGUACAUGGGCAAGAGGAGGAAGAUGACGAGCCAGAGAAGAAAAAAGCUUCAUUAGAGGAGACUCCAGAGGAGAGGCAUAGAGAGCUCAAGCUGAGGAAUUACACUCCACAGGACGAAGAGCUGAAGGAGCGGCAGGUGCCCAACGCCAAACCAGCAUCAGUGGAGGACAAAGUUAAAGACCAGUUAGAGGCAGCUAAUCCAGAACCUAUCAUUGAAGAAGUGGAUUUGGCCAACCUUGCCCCAAGAAAACCAGACUGGGACCUGAAGCGUGAUGUGGCAAAGAAACUGGAGAAGCUGGAGAGGAGAACACAGAGAGCCAUUGCUGAGCUCAUCCGCGAUCGCCUGCGAGGCAGUGAGGAGGAGUUGGCUGGAGCAGUGGGAGCAAUCGGGGUGGAGGAGGGAGACUCCGAUUGAAUCCUAAAUGUUUUUGUUGAAUGAGUGAAACUCAUGCAGCGACGUCCUGACUUAACUUGGACUGCACCAUCACAAGAGGGUGUUAAGUUUCCCAAUAGGUCUUUGUUAUUAAACUAUUAUGUAUGAAUAUGUAGUAGUAUGCUCUGUAUAUGUGGUAAACAUCAAGUACAUUGUGUAAUCAGUAUGUUUUUUAUAUUGAACUAAAUCUGAAUUUUUGAUA